UCGCCUCCUCGCUUCCAAGAUGACCAAGAAAAGAAGGAACAAUGGUCGUGCCAAAAAGGGCCGCGGCCACGUGCAGCCUAUUCGCUGUACCAACUGUGCCCGAUGCGGGCCCAAGGAUGAGGCCAUUAAGAAGUUCGUCAUUCGGAACAUCGUAGAGGCCGCAGCCAUCAGGGAUAUUUCCGAAGCGAGUGUUUUCGAUGCCUAUGUGCUUCCCAAGCUGUAUGUGAAACUGCAUUACUCCGUGAGUUGUGCCAUUCACAGCAAGGUAGUCAGGAGUCGUUCUCGGGAAGCCCGGAAGGACCGAACACCUCCACCCCGAUUUAGACCUGCUGGUGCUGCCCCACGACCUCCACCAAAGCCCACGUAAGGAGCUAAGUCCUUAAAGACUAAAGAAAUACUGUUCCCUGGAAAGACAAUAAAGUGGAAAUUAUACUUUAAAAAACAAAACAAA